AACAUGGCCCCCUCAGCCAUCUCUAGCACCCCUCCGCCAACAAGCAACCUGGCGAGCUACAAGGGCUACGAUCAUGUGCACUGGUACGUGGGUAAUGCCAAACAGGCUGCCAGCUAUUAUAUCACCCGCAUGGGGUUUGAGCGGGUGGCCUACCGCGGUCUCGAGACAGGCAGUCGCAGUGUGUGCUCGUACGUUGUGCGGAACGGGGAGGUCACUUUUAUUCUGACUUCGCCGCUCCGUUCGCUGGAGCAGGUGGAGGGGAAAAUCCCCGCCGAAGAGCAGGAGUUGGUGCGUGAGAUCCACGCACACCUGGAGCAGCAUGGAGACGCCGUCAAGGACGUGGCUUUUGAGGUCGACAACGUCGACGCCGUGUACGGCGCGGCGGUCGUCAAUGGGGCGAAGGUGGUCUCGCCGCCGCGCACGUUGCAGGAUGACUCUGGUUCGGUGAGGGUCGCGACUGUCCAGACGUACGGCGAGACGACGCACACCCUCAUCGAGCGGACAGGAUACCGCGGCGGGUUCCUGCCGGGAUAUCGAUUCGAAACCGUGUCGGAUCCGAUAGCCAGUCUGCUACCCGCCAUCGGGUUGAAACGUAUCGAUCACUGCGUGGGAAAUCAGGACUGGGACGAGAUGGACCGUGUGUGCGAGUAUUACGAGAAGGCCCUGGGCUUCCAUCGCUUCUGGUCGGUGGACGACAAGGAUAUCUGCACUGAGUAUUCUGCACUCAAAAGUAUUGUGAUGGCGUCUCCCAACGAAGUUGUCAAAAUGCCCAUCAACGAACCAGCCAAGGGCAAGAAACAGUCCCAGAUCGAAGAAUACGUCGAUUUCUACAACGGGGCGGGUGUGCAGCACAUCGCCCUGCUGACCGAUGACAUCCUGACGGCCAUCAGGCACCUCAAGGCGCGCGGCGUCGAGUUCAUCAAAGUGCCCGACACGUACUACGAGGACAUGAAGGUCCGGCUCAAGAAGGCCGGCAUGGUCUUGCACGAGGACUUUGAGGCCAUCCGCAGCUUGGACAUUCUCAUCGACUUUGACGAGGGCGGUUACCUCUUGCAGCUGUUCACAAAGCAUCUCAUGGACCGGCCCACUGUCUUCAUUGAAAUCAUCCAGCGCCACAACUUCGCCGGCUUUGGCGCCGGGAACUUCAAGUCGCUCUUCGAGGCGAUCGAGCGAGAACAGGAACUCCGCGGGAAUCUGGUAUGAUUGUUGGGACGGUUGCUCGUAACGAUGAUAUGUAUAAUCCAAUUCCAGCGCAUAGCUUCAUCAUAGCUUCAUAUGUCAGUUUCUAUACAUUAUGAUUAUUGGUUCUACUUGGUUCAAUGCCAUAACUUCCUCUUGCGACAAAAUUGUAUUGCAAGUCUUGUACGUAUAUGGACAGUAUCAUUUACUUUGAACUUCCUCCCGGCGCUGUCCCUCCUCGACGCUUAUAUUUCCGCGGAUCCUUCCGGCUCAUUAGAACCUUACUGCGUGUCCCUUUGCCGCCCUCCCAGAACCCACUGCCUGCCUUUCCC